AAGCCUUAACGCUGUCUGAAACACUUUUUUAGAUUUGAAAAAAAAAGCAUUUUGUUUGCAAAGUAGUAUUUUACACGUGCGAGGAAUUUGCAGCUACUGCAGCGUCGUAGAAAAAACAGCCGUGGGAGUUUUUUCUACUGACUCCCACGGCUGCAGCUCGGGUCCAUAGACUGUAUAUAACGCUGCGAAAAAGUACUGUGGAGUCGGAGUUCCUACUUGUGAACUCAGAAAAAAUAUGCUGCGUUCCACACCAUGACGUCAUAUUUACCAACCGGAACUCGCAGCCGGGAGUCGUGUCCACGAAGAAGAAUGGCCGGGCUGCUGAAAAAGACAACCGGCCUGGUCGGUCUGGCAGUGUCCCACAACCCACAUGAGCGUCUUAGGAUUUUGUACUCGAAGAUCCUGGCAUCCGUGCAGACCAUGCCACAGGACGCAGCCUACAGGAAGUACACAGAGCAGCUGGUCAACGAGAGGUUCAACCACGUCAAGACGGAGCCUGAUGUUGAGAAGCUGGAGAAGAAGAUAAACUGUGGGCAGAUUGAAGAAGUCAUUUUCCAGGCGGAGUGUGAGCUGGCUCUGUCCAGGAAGAUGUCGGAGUGGAAGCCAUGGGAGCCGUUGAUGGAGGAGCCUCCUCCCAACCAGUGGAAAUGGCCUGUCUGAAUGCACCUGUGUAUGUUGUCUGUUCCUUACCUCUGCUUCUAAUGAAAUGCAAAUAAAAGUCCUUCAAAUAUU